AUGAAACUUGUGCCAACUGAUGCAAAUGGACGACCAGCAUAUUCGGUAAUCGGUCCGAAUGGUGAAUUGCUACUAAGAGGUUAUAGUGGAGAGAUAUUGGAUCCAUAUGGCAAACCAAUCCCUACAAAUGCUGUUGGUAUUCCAGUGAACAGUCAAGGAGAACCUCUUCCACGAGAUAAACAAGGCAAUUUUAUAUAUCCGGCAACUGAUCUUGAUAUUAAAUUACCAUCUACAGAUAAAAUUGGAAAAGCUGUCUAUCCUGUUGUUGAUUCCUAUGGUGAACCUUUGCCUACGAAUGAAGAUGGAGUACUUAUUGAUUUUGAUGGAUCCCCCAUACCAACCAAUAGGUUCGGCUUACCUGUUGAUGAACAUGGAAAAUAUCUACCAAAAGAUGCCAAAGGAAAUUUCAUUUUCGGUACUCCGAUGAGGCCUACUAAUCAGAAGGGCUUCCCGAUAUAUACGGUCAUUGGUCCAGAUGGAAGUUUAUUACCUCAGGAUAGCGAUGGUAACAUUAUUGAUCCUUCCGGACGUCCAAUUCCUACCAGUGAAGAUGGUGUCCCAAUAGACAAUAGAGGACGCCCUUUGCCAAGUGAUAAAACAGGUGUUGUUAUAUUUCCAGCAGGUGGUCUGGAUGCCGAACCUAUGCCUACGGACAAAAAUGGAAAGCCAGUUUAUCCUGUUAUUGGACCUGAUGGCUACCCGUUACCGACAACAGCCGAUCAUGACAUUAUUGGUCAAGAUGGAAAUAUUGUGCCUGUCAAUGCUGCUGGUGUGCCAGCCGAUCAUUGGGGUGAACCUCUGCCACGAAAUAAACAAGGCAAUUUUAUAUAUCCGGCAAGUGGUCUGGAUAUCAAAUUACCAUCUACAGAUAAAUUUGGAAAAGCUGUCUAUCCUGCUGUUGAUUCUCAUGGUGAAUUUUUGCCUACGAAUGAAGAUGGAGUACUUGUUGAUUUUGAUGGAUCCCCGAUACCAACCAAUACAUUCGGCUUACCUGUUGAUGAACAUGGAAAAUCUCUACCGAAAGAUGCCAAAGGAAAUUUCAUUUUCGGUACUCCGAUGAGGCCUACUGGUCAGAGGGGCUUCCCAAUACAUACGGUCAUUGGGCCCAAUGGUGAAUUGUUACCAACCGAGGAAUCAGGCAGAGUGAUUGGUCCUGAUGGACAUCCAAUUUCCAUCGACAGCAAAGGCAGACCAAUCAACAACCGCGGUGAAACGUUACCUACUGAUCGUUCUGGAAAUUUUUUGUAUCCACUCAGAGGUCUCGGCGCCAAAUUACUUCCCACCGACAGUAAUGGACUACCUAUUUACCCAGUGAUAGAUUCUGAUGGACGAAUAUUGCCCACAAAUGACAGGGGAUUACCGCUCGAUGGUCAAGGGGAACCUUUGCCGACCAAUGCAGCAGGAGUUCCAAUUGACGACCAUGGAAAACCAUUGCCUAUUGAUUCUAACGGCAAUCUAGUAUAUAGGGAAGAAGUCCAGAAGCCCUUGGCGACUGAAGAGAUGUAUCCUGUAAUUGGACCUGAUGAAGAGCUGCUACCAGAUGACGGAGUUGGUGUUACUGUUGAUGGCCAAUCGAGUCCAACAGACAAAGGAAUUCCAGUAGGUGAUAUUGGUCGACCACUGUCAGAGGAUUUCAGCGACAAAAUGAUUCAAGUUGGACCAAAUAUCGAAUCAUUGCCAACCGAUUCGAAUGGUCGGCCAGUAUAUCCAGUAGUUGGACCAGACCGGGAACCGCUGCCGACCAAUGAAGAUGGAGCCGUUGUUGACAAAAACGGCCUGGUUAUACCAACUAAUGCUGGUGGCGUACCUGUCGACGAAAAAGGCGUACCAUUACCCACAGAUGAAAACGGAAAGAUGAUAUAUCAAAAACCGGCCGUCGAAGCGCAUGCUACAGAAAGAUUAGGUAGACCGACAUACAAUGUGAUUGGACCUGAUGGCAAUUACUUGUUGCUAGAUGGUGAUGGUGCUGUUUUAGACCCUGACGGUAAACCGAUUCCGACAGACGAGAGUGGGGUUCUUGUUGAUAUGAAGGGUAGGCCUUUGCCGAAAGAUCGCGAUGGGAAUAUAAUAUACAUAGCAAAAGGACUGGAUAUGAAACCAUUGCCUACAGACCAAAAUGGAAAACCAAUUUACUCAAUUAUGGGACGAGAUAAGGUACCGUUGCCGACGAACGAGGUUGGUCGUCCUGUCGAUGGGAAGGGUAAACCGAUACCGACAAAUGCUGCUGGUGUACCAAUUGGUAACAACGGUAAACCGCUACCAACCAAGGGGAAUCUGUAUUAUCUUGCAACUAGUAUGCCAAUGGCAUCUAGCCGGCCAGUUAUAGGACCAGAAAGAAUGCCUUUGCCGACCAGUAGCGAUAGUUCAAUAUUUGGAACUCAUGGAAAAUUGUUGGUAACAGACCAGAGUGGGUGGCCUUUGGACAAGCCUUUGCCGACAGAUGUUUACAAUAACAUUAUAUAUCCGGUAAAGUUACCUGAUGGUUCAACUCUGCCAAUUGAUUCACAUGGCAGACCAAUUUAUCCGGUGAUUGGACCAAAUGGAGAAUUAUUGCCAACCACGGAGGGUGGUUUGAUCAUCGGGUUAGGCGGCAGUCCACUACCAACGAACUUUGCCGGAAAACCUGUUGGACCAGAUGCGUCAUUGCUGCCCACUGAUGAAAUAGGCCGAUUCAUACAUCUGCCUCCUGAGGAACCAUUGUCGACGUUUGUAACGAACGAAUAUGGUCAUAUCGUCCACCCGAUCGUGGAUACGGAUGGUAGGCCUUUAGCUAAGGAUGACAGUGGCGCGCACAUCACGAAAAAUGGUAUCCCAGUAGAACUCAAUGAGAAUCAUCUUCCCAUUGAUCCUGAUGGUAAUGUUCUACCAACAGAUUCAAGAGGAAAUUACAUUUUUCCGGAUCUGGAUGUUAUGGGAAGAAUACUGCCUACGGAUAAGACUAGUCGAGUAGUAAUUGGUCCAAAUGGACAACUUCUUGCUACUGAUUCAAGCGGUGCUGUUGUUGGGCCAGAUGGUGAACUACUGCCAACAAAUAAGCUCGGGAAACUAGUAAAACCAAACGGUAAACCUCUUCCAACGGAUGAUGAAGGACGUUUUAUUUACAGUGAAGUUGCUGGAACUCAUUUUACGGAAAAGGUGAUUAUCAAUGUUAUUGAUAGUGAAGGUAGACCGUUGCCCACUGAUCAAUUUGGUCGAUACUUACUAGCACCGAACCAUCCCCUUCAACAGGAUCGUUUUGGUAGAUUGAUCGGACCAGACGGUCAACCACUUCCCACUGACGGUUCUGGUAACUACGUGUAUCCAGAGAAAAUGAAAUACCCGAAUGAAGUGGAUGAUUUCGGACGUCCACUACCAACCAACGAAGACGGUUUCUAUCUGCGAAAGGAUGGUUCGAUAAUUACAACAGAAUCGAUAGGCCUGAUGAUGAAUGGGCAAGGUGUGGUACUGCCUACUGACGAACAUGGUAUUUUCACUACGUCAAAAUUUCCGAUGCAAACGAAAUCAUACCAGAUUUUAGAUGAACAAAAUCAAAUACUGCCAACUGAUGAGGUUGGUAAUUUCUUAAAUCGUGAGGGGUAUCCGAUUGCUGAAAAUGAAGAGGGGAAACCAGUAUCUGCAGAUGGAGUAGUGUUACCUAUCGCCGAAACGGGUCAUUACAUCUUUGAUACUACUCGACAAAAACCUAUGGUAUCAUCGGAAAAGUUGUUACCAACUGACAAGAACGGUCAACCAAUCACCCAAGAAAGAGAAGAAGCACAGCUGAGCGAAAAGGUCCGAUUGCCAGGGCUUAGUGAUGGCAUCCUACCAACAGAUGAAUAUGGUAAAUAUAUUUACCCGAUAUUAAAGCCAGAUGGAAAACCGUAUCCAACAGACCGAGGACAUCGCCCGAUUUAUCCAAUUAUUGGAUAUGACGGCGAACUUCUACCAACGAAUGACGAAGGAUUGGCACUUGAUCUUGAGGGAUAUCCGAUCCCGACUGAUAGUGUUGGACGUCCACUGGACGAAAACGGUGUAAUAUUGCCAGUGGAUUCUAAAGGAAAUGUAAUUUAUGACAGUGGAAAAAAGAAUUGUGAUACGCAUGUGGGCGUUAUGGAUAUUGCAUUGGUAAUUAACGUGGAGACUCUGAAUCAUGACAGUUUCGAACACAUUAGGAGGGUGAUUCAGGAUCUAGUGGAUAAACACUUCGACCUUGCACCGGAUAUGACACAAUUUGCGCUGGUUAAAUAUAGUGGAACUGCUGAGGUACCAAUUACUUUAGGUGGUUACAACGAAAAAAUGGAACUGUUGGAAGAGUUAAGUCGAAUCAAAAUUGAUCAUAUCAAAGAGCACCCCAGAUUGAUUGUCGGAGUAAGUGCUGCCAAACAACAGUUCACAUUGUUUGGUCGCGAGGACGCUAGUAAGCUGAUGAUAGUGAUAACUGAUGGGCAAGAUAUAUAUUCGGAGGAUCGCUUUAAAGACAACAUUAUCCCAAUGCUUGUUAUUGGCAGGAGAGAAUUUGAAGAAGAAAUUAAGGACUGGACUAAAUCCUAUAUCUUAUUAGAUUCUUGGGAACAACUACGAGCUGAUUCUAUUGCUAAAAUGAUCGGAAAGGAAUGCUUGCUAGGGAAAAUUUUCAUCCCAACGAAGAAAGCAUUCCCAAAACCGAGAUCUGAAAAGUCCGAAAACUUUGCUAGUUCACCAUUUCCAACCGACAAACUUGGUCGUAUUAUAGUAGUACCAACUAGUGAGCGAAUCUUUCUGUCUACCGAUGAAUACGGUCACAUGAUAUAUCCUAUAAAAGAUGCUGCUGGUAGACUUCUUCCCGUAAAUGAAAACGGUUUAAUGAUGGACAGACUUGGGCGGUUAGUUGAAUUCAAUGAUUAUGGUAAACCAAUUGGUCCAGACAGGAGGCCGUUGCCAACAGAUGAAUCUGGAACAUAUAUUUAUCCUGUACUUGACAGCAAUGGCAAACCUGUAUCCAUUGAUGCAGACAGUAUUAAUGAGAAGCCAUUAUCCACUGAUCAGGAUGGUCUACCCGUAGACGUCACUGGACGAUCGAUUGGCGCGAAUUUGGCUGGAAGAUACAGUGACCUUCAAGGAUCGCCAUAUCCAUUUAAUAGCAAUGAAAAAAUUACGGCAAAAAGAACAGGAAAAAUAACAGAUACAACUGAUUAUCCAGUUAUCGAUCCGGAUAAUAUCCUAUUAUCAAGGGAUGCCUCGGACGUUUACGUAAACAAUGUUGAAGGGGUAAUUGAACGUGAUAAUAAUGGGAAACCUCUAGGGUCUGAUGAAAAACUGGUGCCGACCAGUGACAUAGGAGGAUUCAUUUAUCCAAAACUCAGUCAGAAUGGGAAGCUUCCACGAAAUGAUUUACCAGACAAAGUGUUGCCGUCCAAUGGAUACAGCCGAGUCUAUUUGGAGGAUCCAGAUGAUAAACUACUCGCCACUGACGAAUCUGGAAACUUUAUCAACAGUCAAAAUAGAUCGUUACUCAUCGAAAUAGACCAGGAAGGUACGUCAGUAGGUGUUAAAGUUAAGCCAGAUCAGAUGCCAAAAGGACAAAAACCAAUUGUUGAUUUGUUGGGAAGAUCCCUACCUACUAACAAACAUGGCGAUUCGAUAUAUGCAGAUGGUGGUGUAGUACCUACAAAUGCUUUGAAACAACCCUUUGAUCGAGAUGGUUCUUUGGUGCCAGUUGAUCAUCAUGAACAAUACGUAUCUGAUUACAUGCCAAAUAGAACCGUUUUACGAGAAACGGAACUUUUGGCAGAAGCCUCAACAUGUGAUAAGAUUAAAGGAUCUGUGAACAUAAUUUUUAUGGUGGAAUCUUCAAGUGCUACAGAAACGAAUCUUAAUAAAAUUAAAUUUUCGUUGGUAAAUUUUAUUGAAGAAAAUAUUAAUUGGAGCAUUGCUAAAGUCGGUAUGGUUUCCUACGGUAAUACAGUGGAUGUCAACCUGGAUAUCGGAAAUUACCAGAGUUACGAUGAUUUGAAAGAAUCCAUUCUCAGUUCGCCACUUAUCGGCGGUGCAGCAUCUGGUGAUGAACAUGCAUUCAGAACUACUCUUCAGCUCUUCCGUGAAAAUUAUAACAAUAACAAUGGAGAAUUAAUCGUACAUAUCUUUAAGACUCCGCUCAGCAAAGAUGCUCAAGUAAUUGCUAAUCAUUUGAAAGUAAACGAAACUAUUUCAAUUUUAUCACUUGGACCAGAUCAAUGGUAUCGAUUGAAGAAUGAUGAAGAAAUCAAAAAAUUACGAAGCAAUUUGUGCUUAAUGUUGAUGAAGAGUCAUCUGGCACAAAUUAGGAAGCCUAAUGGUUAG